AUGAUAUUAAGAUUGACGGCUUGUGUUUCCUUAUUUUUGUUAAAGGUAUGUGUCGGGCUAGAUCUUGAAGAUAAGCCGGCGUCCACAUCGGCAGACGUUAAGAUACCUACAAUUGAGGUUAAAGGAAAUAAAUUUUUUGAAACCGGGCCAGGGUAUCAGUUUUUCAUCAAAGGAAUCGCCUAUCAAAAAAGAAGGGGUUCUGAUGAAAUAUAUGAUAGAACUUUAGAAACUUUCUAUAUUGAUUCCAUGGCAAACCCCAAAACUUGUUUACGGGAUUUGGAAAAUUUUAAAGAACUUGGAAUUAACGUGGUCAGGGUUUACCAAAUUGAUCCCAAUGCUAAUCAUGACAUUUGUAUGAAUGAGUACGCAAAGGCUGGAAUCUACAUCUUGGCCGAUUUGUCAGAACCUGAACUAUCAAUUAAUAGAGAUAAACCUAGUUGGGAUGUUGAACUAUUCGAACGUUAUACUUCUGUGAUUGAUUCAAUGCACUCCUAUAGAAAUGUUUUAGGGUUCUUUGCUGGUAAUGAAGUUACAAACUCUAAAGUGAAUACUGAUGCUUCUCCUUUUGUCAAAGCUGCUGUUAGGGACGUGAAAGAUUAUAUUCAAAGUAAAGGCUACAGGAAAAUCCCAGUUGGGUAUGCCUCUAAUGAUGAUGCAGAAAUCAGAAAACUACUUUUCAAUUAUUUAACCUGCACUGAUGAGAAACAGCCCAACUCUUCAAACAAUAAUGGAGUAGAUUUUUUGGGGCUUAACAUGUACGAAUGGUGUGGUUAUUCCAGCUAUACUACUUCGGGCUACAGAGAAAGAACUAUGGAAUUUAGUGACUUCAGUGUUCCAAUUUUCUUUAGUGAAUACGGCUGUAAUACCGUUUCACCUCGUCCUUUUACUGAAGUUGAAGCUUUAUAUGGAAGUACCAUGUCAAAAGUAUGGUCAGGUGGAAUCGCUUACGAAUACUUCGAUAGUGUUAAUCACUAUGGAAUUGUCACAGAAGAUAAAGAUGGGGGUAUUCAUAAAUCUGAAGAUUACGGAAUCUUAAAACAAAGGCUUAAUUCAAUCGAGCCUUUCAAGAUCCAUAAGCUGCAAAUUGAAAAAGAUAUACCCAGUCCCAACUGCACAGACUAUGAUCUGGGAUCAGUUUGGAAGGCUUCAAAGGAAAUACCACCAAGGCCGGAUGUUGGAAAGUGUGAAUGCUUACAAUCCACAUUAUCAUGUGUGGUUAGUCCCUUUCAGGACAUGAAGCAUGAACAGGAAUUUUUGAAUCGAGUAUGUUCUUCUAUUGACUGUCAUGAAAUUGAAGCCGACGGUUCCCUUGGCUUUUAUGGAAGGUUUUCAGAUUGUUCUACAAAGCAAAAAAUAUCAUUUUCUUUAAAUAAAAACUAUAUCCAUCAUCAUAGAAAAAGUGAAUUUUGUGACUUUGACGGACAAGCGGUUUUGAUUACGAAUAGCGACAAGUUGGAUUUGAAAAACAUUUUUGCUAGAGAUGGCAGAACUUGCCAAGAUGCUAUUGGAGAAGGUUCUGAUGAAAGUGAUAAGAAGUAUGAACAGUAUGUUAAUAAGAAAGGUAAUAACGGCACAAUGCAUUAUCAUUCGCCGAUACAAAGAACAAAUGAAAAGGAAAUGAAGAAACAAUCAAAGUCUGGAGGUGAGAAAUUGACUACUGGGUUAAUACAAUAUCUUAUAUUAAUGAUAUCUUUUAUAUACAACUUUCAUUAGACGUUAGAUUAUAUAA